AUGGAUAGUAUAUACAAGACUGCUAAUAUUAAAGAUUUCUAUAAAUUAGAUAAAAUAUUAGGAGAGGGUAGUUAUGCAAUAGUAAGAAAGGCAAUUAGAAAAAGUGACAAUAUAGAAGUUGCUGUAAAAAUAAUUGACAAGUAUAUAUAUAUAUACAAGAUUACUUUAAUUAGAGCAUCAUUGGAAAGUGAUGAUCAUUUGGCAAUUUAGAGUGAAGUUGAAAUAAUGAGUUAGAUUGAUCAUCCAAAUAUUGUUAAAGUGUUGGAAGUUUUUGAUGAUAAAUAGAAACUUUAUAUAGUACUUGAAUUAAUGACUGGUGGCGAGCUCUUUGAUCGUAUAGUUGAAAAGGAAUUAUAUAAUGAAAAAGAAGCAGCUGAUGUCAUUCGACCAGUUGUGGAUGCUAUAAGAUGUAAUUCAUACAAAAUAUUUAUUUAGAUUGUCACUCUAUGGGUGUUGUACAUAGAGAUCUUAAACCAGAGAAUAUUCUUUAUACAACUCCAGAUCCAGAUGCAACUGUUAAGAUAUCAGAUUUUGGAGUGGCAAAAGUUAUUUCUGAUGAAUUAAUGCUUACUGCUUGUGGUACUCCUGGUUAUGUUGCUCCAGAAAUUCUAACAGGAGUAGGAUAUGAUAUGGCUGUUGAUUAUUGGAGUAUUGGAGUAAUACUUUAUGUGCUGUAAUUAUCUGAAUUUAUUGGACCUAACUUAGAUUAUGUGGUUAUCCUCCAUUUUAUGAAGAGUCUAAUGAAAAGUUAUUUGAAUAGAUUAAAUCAGGUAAAAUAGACUUUUCAGGGGAAUAAUGGGAGAAAAUAUCUAAAGAAGCUAAAGAUCUAGUUGAGAAACUUCUAAAGGUUGAUCCCAAAUAAAGAUAUAAAGCAGAUUAGAUUUGCAAGCAUCCAUGGAUUACUGGAGAGAAAGCAUUGACUAAAGAUUUGUCUGAUGUCACUGAAAAAUUAAGAGAAUUGAAUGCUCGUAGAAAAUUAAGAGUAAAUAAUACUAUUAUAAUUAUUAGCGUGCAUAAUUGAUGGUGUUGGCUACAACCAAACUUUAAAGACGUAUUCAAUAACAUUAACAAAAAAAUUGAUUU